UUUCAUUUCUGCGCUGUGACAGUCCUGAGAUUGGGGGAUUAAUGCAUUUUCACGAGAGAUUUCGCAUGUCAUGCUAUGGUAAAUGUUUCAUAAUACGUCCAUCGCUGUAAGUGGACUCGCUGUUUUUGCACCAACCAAGAUCAAGUUCCACUAGUUGAAACGUUGGUGGGAAGAUAAAGCUUGUAGGAUAUCUUAUGACCAAUGCAGGACUGGAGGAGGGGGAUCGGAUUCUUGCAUCCAAGGCUGGAGGAACAAAUGCACUGAUCUCCGGUCGAUUUGAACGCUCUGGCAAUUGAUAUAAAGAGACCUUGGGCAGAUCUAUACAUAAACUGGUACAAGCCGCACCACUGGCAGCAGACAAGGAGAUUCGUGCCUCUCUCCUCCGCUUCAUCAGUGCGCAUGGAUGAAAGUCACAGUUAAAAUGCAUGCGGCAAGUCUUGUCUGAUGUGGGAUUACCGAGUUUUCAUUCGCCCCCUUUUCUUUACCAUGUUCGAACUUUGGUUUUGGCUCUUUUUCCGAGAUGAUGCUGCUGAUUUCAGUCGCUGCUGGAAGAAUACAGGAGCCCGUUUUGCCGCGCGGGCUGUCACGUUAUUGGCCUGAAUGAGACUGUAUAUGUGCACUCCGAUGCCUGGUUUAUGGAGCUAAACACCGAGGAGACUUGACUUUAAGUAUUUUUUUUUUCUUCUUUUUGACAGCCGACGGAAGGGCGGGCGGUGAAAUCACGAAAUCCAUGUUUUCACUGAGGUUGGAGAAAAAAGACGGGGCACAGCCGUGAUUUUCGGGAUGCUUUGGCGUUUUCCGGGAUCAGCACGAUGACACCUCAUACUGGUACCGCACUUGAGUGAGCUGGGGCAUCCUCUCCCAGGAAAAAUGCAUAUCUGGAUCCUAAAAAUAAUCCUUCUGAUUGCAUCAUCUCUGAGGCUGGUCGAGAUGUAUGACAAUUAUGGGGAGAUCUGUCGAAACCUGUGUACGUGCGAGGAGAAGGAAGGGAUCCUGACAGUGAGCUGCGAGAACAGGGGGAUCAUCCGACUGACGGAGAUCAGUCCGGUCCAUUUCUCCACGUACCACCUCCUGCUGACAGGGAACCUCCUGAAGAAGCUGUCGGUCAAUGAUUUCAUCAAUUACACGGGGGUGACCAUCCUGCACCUGGGGAACAACGACAUCUCAGAGAUAGAGUCAGGGGCCUUCAAUGGACUCCAGGGAUUAAAAAGGUUGCACCUGAAUAACAACAAGAUCGACGCUCUGAGGGAUGACACCUUUGCGGGACUGGAGAGCUUGGAAUACCUUCAGAUUGAUUAUAAUUACAUUACCAAUAUAGAGCCCCACACCUUGAGCAAACUAUACCAACUGACAGUGAUGAUUUUGAACGACAACCUGCUCUCUGCCCUGCCCACAAACAUCUUCCGGAAUGUUCCGCUCACACACUUGGACCUGAGGGGGAACCGGUUAAAAAUGUUCCCCUACAUCGGCCUCCUGGAGCACAUGGACAAAGUUGUGGAAUUACAACUAGAGGAGAAUCCGUGGAAUUGCUCCUGCGAGCUGAUUGCUCUGAAGGCUUGGCUGGAGAGCAUAGCCUACACGGCUCUGGUGGGAGAAGUGGUGUGCGAGACGCCGUUCAGGCUCCACGGCAGGGACCUGGACGAGGUGUCCAAGCAGGAACUCUGCCCAAGAAGAACCCUCGAAGACACAGUCAGGCCUGCACCCCCUAGCAGCACCAAUGGAUAUUACCAGACCACACCUGCUGCUGUCACAGUCUCCGCCACCUCCUCUGCAGUUUUUAGGUCUUCCUCUAGGCCAACCAAGGGCACACGGCAAUUUAACAGAACUAGGUUAAAGCCCACUUCCCGAAUACAAGGCGGUAACCCUUACAAUUAUGGCCCCAUCAUUGCUUUUCAGACCAAAUCUCCUGUGCCUUUGGACUGUCCCACUGCCUGCACGUGCAACCUGCAGAUAUCUGAGAUUGGGCUAAAUGUCAACUGCCAAGAGAGAAAGAUUGAAAGCAUUUCUGAUCUAAAACCCAAGCCAUACAAUCCUAAAAAAAUGUAUCUCACUGGAAAUUACAUCCCUGUGGUACGGAGAUCAGAUUUUGUGGAUGCUGUUGGAUUGGAUUUGCUUCACCUGGGAAACAACAGGAUAAGUCUGAUCCACGACCGGGCUUUUGGGGAUUUAACCAACCUGCGUAGGCUGUAUUUGAAUGGUAAUCUCAUGGACAGGCUUACAGGAGAAAUGUUUUUUGGUUUGCAGAACUUGCAGUAUCUUUAUUUAGAGUACAACAAAAUCAAGGAGGUUGAUGCGGGCACUUUCCGCUACCUCCCUAAUCUCCAGCUGCUUUUCCUCAACAAUAACCUCCUGAAAACCUUACCGAUGGGCAUCUUUUCCAGCCUCUCUCUGUCUAGGCUUAAUCUGCGCAACAACCAUUUCCAAAACCUGCCUGUGAGUGGUGUUUUAGAUCAGCUGAAGCUGCUGGUGCAGAUAGAUCUGUUUGAAAACCCCUGGGACUGCUCCUGCGACAUAGUGGGGAUGAAGAUAUGGCUGGAGCAGCUCAGCGCAGGCACUGUGGUUAAUGAGGUGGUGUGUGAAACGCCAAGACGCCACACUGGACUGGACGUGCGCUCCAUCCAGUCGGAGCAGCUCUGCCCGGACUACUCCGAUGCUUAUGUCUCGCCGACACCCCCCACGGACGAGCCCAUGGACGACUUGGUCGUCACCACCGACGCGCCACAGAAGUUCAACACCCCCAGCAGCACCGUCCCCCUCUCUGUCCUCAUCCUCAGCCUCCUGCUGGUUUUCAUCAUGUCCGUCUUUGUGGCCGCAGGGCUGUUUGUCGUCGUGAUGAAAAAGCGCAAAAAGUCCCAGAGUGACCGCACCAGCACCAACAAUUCAGACGUCAGCUCUUUUAACUUGCAAUACAGCCUCUACAGUAACCGCUCCGGCCCCAAAGUUAAGGCCCCGGUGGGCCACGUCUAUGAGUAUAUUCCCCACCCCAUGGGCCACAUGUGCAAAAACCCCAUUUACAGGUCACGAGAAGGCAACACAGUGGAGGAUUACCGGGACCUCCAUGAGCUCAAAGUCACGUACAGAAGUGCCCCGGAUGACGAGAGGGACAGCAGUACGAUGAGGAGCCCUACGUACAGUGUUAGCACCAUCGAGCCACGUGAAAACCCCUCCCCUGUCCAGGAUGCCGACCAUUUCUUCAGAGGCAUCCUUGAGCACGACAAGCAGCCCCCCCAUCCGUCAAUCCCAUCCAUCCCAGCAGGUGCCAAUUUAGAGUACAAGUACACGGGGCCUGUGUCGUACACAUACAACCCAAAUUUUGAUGUCAGACGUCAGUUCUUGCACCCGGAGAGGAUAAGAGAAACAGUGCUCUAUGGCACGACACCCAGUACUGUUUAUGUCGAGCCCAACAGAAAUGAAUAUUUGGAGCUAAAAGCUAAACUGCAGUCUGAGCCCGAUUACCUCGAAGUUCUUGAGAAACAGACCACCUUUAGCCAGUUCUGAGCAACAGAAUCAUUAAUGUAAUGAAGCAUUUUCUCUCGUGACCCUCCUUGAAACAGUGGCUCAGUUUAUAGGGUGCCUUGGCACAACACACACACACACAAGCAAAAGCGAAGGAGUUUAAAACGGGGUGUGCCGAACAAUCUUAUUCUUAUUUCUGAAACAUGACAUUACAGGAAUGGAUACAGCUUUCUGAAACGUGGAUGAACAAAAUUGCUCUACUUAACUGAUGAUGCAAAAUCUAUUUUUCUAUGGUGAACAAAAACACACAAAAUGUAAGUGUACAGGUAAAUCUUACCCAACUUCAUUUUCAGGAAUAUAACCAUACAUAAGGUAUAUUGUGAAUCAGAAAAGAAAUGUUUAUAAAAAUCACUCCUGGACAAAAACACUGUACAGCAGAUCAUCAAAACUGUGUAGGACUAUUUUCUGCUGUAGUCUGUAAGUAAGUAUUUAUUGAUAUAAUCUGCCAUGUCUUUUCAAAACUUUUGAUUCUACAUCAGUAUUACCUGUGUCAUCAUACUCCAUGAUCCUCUGGAAAGGCUUAUGUUUGUAGUUUCAUUUACCGUAGCUCUGCAUUGUAAAAGUGGCUUUUUUUGAAAGUGGCACACCCCCAAUGUUAAAAAAAAAGACUGCGUCAUUUGAAGAAGAUGAAAAAAAAAAAAGUGUCUUUGUAUGCUUUCUGCACUUUUUGGAAUUGGAAGGCGGGUUAGCCUUCAAUGAGCUCUCAUAAAGGAGAUUAUUAUAUUAAAAAUGAAUAUGGGUAUUCAUUCUUAAUAUGUCAAAUUGAUAUGUUAUCAAAAAAAAUAUAUCAUAAAUGCUAUUUGAAGUAUUAAUUCUGUUUUAAUCAAUGUAACACCUAUUUUUAUACAAGCAUUCGCAGAUUCUCUAUCCCUUAUCAACUUUAUUUGUUUUGAUUGCUUUGCACUUAUUGCACUAUAUUGACCAAACUAUGUUAUUGUCAUCAAAUAAACAUGAUGUCAGGUUCAUAUAAUGUGCUUACGAUGAAAACAAGGCUGGUUGGUGAUGAUAUGAAGGAGGCCAAUUGGGUUUGGUCCAAUAUAUUUUCACAUUCAGACAGCAAAUGAAAUUAUGAAUCAAAACAGUGUGAAAUAUGGGAUUCAAGAGCUUGAAAAGAGGGCUCCAGGGCUAAAAGUUAUUUAAUUUUACAAUCAAAAUGGCAAUACAUUGGCUGGUAAGAAUUAAUCGUGUGGACUUAAUCAAAGCAGAUAAAGAUACAGCAUAUAUGUCCCACUCAAAGGGGGCAGCUUUGCUCUUUCUGCUAGUGUGAGCAUUGGAAUCAAUAGGUUUCAAUCAAUGAGCAUUAUGGGAGGCUGUCCCUUUGCAAUUAUACCAUGACAACAGCAUCCACAUAGUCACCUGGCAAGCAAUGACUGGUAAUUUUUUAAUAACCAUCAUUGGAGUUGACUUGAAAUUAAAUGCUAUUUGAGCAAUCUGACAAAGUCCUUGUGUAUAUACUGAUUAAGACGUACAGCUGCUGGAUUAAGGGCUUGGUGUCUCAACCAUUUCUCUUUCUUUCUAAUCAUUCUUUUAAUUGGUUUCAUACGUGAACAUCUUUUAGAUAUAUUUUUUAACUUAGGAAAAGGACAUUAAGAGGAUAUGUUGAAAACGCAUGAUUUUUUAAACUCUUAAGUGCUUGUUUUGAUUUUUGCUAAAGUCCAGCUGAAAUCACAUUUGGUCAUCCCCUUUUUGUUGUAAAAAAUGUGUUUUUAGUUUAUUAUUAUAAAAAAGGGAAGAAAAAAAGUAUUUGGCAAAAUAUCCGAAAUGCUUGCGGGCCGUGUCAGUGUUUAUGUUUGAUUGACAGCAGCAGUGUUACACCGUAGAGAACUGGAGACUAAACAUGCCCUGUAGCCCACAUGUCAUGGGCAGACUGUGUUGUUAGUGGUGUUAAGAAAGUAAAAACCAUACCAGCAUCUAACUGGACUGAUGUGACAUUCGCAGUUGCAUGCUGUUUAAUGCGCUGCAGCUGAGCAGCUAAUUAACUAUCUUCCCCAGUGCAUGUUUGUUUGGUGGCUCGUUCACAAGCUAAGGUGACUUUAGCCAGAAAGCUAAUGUGGGUUGUUGUUGCCUAUAGCUCUCGUGUUGUGUAGCAGGCUGCUGUCAGACUUAGUAUGCCCUGCAAGAUUUGAUUGGCUGUAUCAAAAUAAGGUCUCCAUCUACGCAGAAGUCAAAUAAAUGUAAAACUAUCAUGACAUUUAAAAAAUAUGUAUAUAAAUAUAUGUAAAAUGUAUAUAGAAAUUUCUCCCUGGGCUGUAGCAAAAAAAAAAAGCAAUUUCAUUUCAGUUGGACUUUAAGUUACUCUUCGCUUGACCCACUUAAAUCCAAUAUGCAAAGUAGGUCUAUAAAAAUGCAAAGGAUGCACUGUGCCACCAUUUUCAGUGUGGGGUGAGCAUCACCAUUUAGGAAUUCAAUGUUCCCUAACUGAGACAGGCAGGGAUCUCUCGCAGUGUUAAUCCAUCCCUUAUAUCCUCAUCCAGAAGGAAUUGUUUGGGUUAUUCUGAAUUCAUAAUUAGAUCUGGGAAAAACAAGUGUAUUUUUCAGUAAUUUUCACUUAAUUUCAGUGAGGUGCCAGCAAAACAAAAAGCAGAAUGGAAAAUAAAACCGGCCUGCUCUGCUUCUUUUGUUGGAUCUUUUCAAAGAUGCCCAGAAUGAGAACAGAAGGCACCAUUUGGGAGAUGAGGAGUCCUGGAACCGAGUGUAACUGUGGAUGUGUCAUACAUGUAGCAGGGGACGUGAAUCAUAGCCAAGAUGUGUGUGCAGUCACCCAGCAUUGGUGGCCUAUGGGAUGGCACAGUGUUGACAGCUUUUGACAUGGAUUUUCUUUUUUCUUUUUGAUGCCAAUAUGGGAGAAAAAAAAUCAUUCAUGGUUUACUGAGAUUCAACAAGAAAGGAUCAUAAACCAACCUAAUCUGUGCAAUGACAACAUAUAUAACAAUUUUUUUUUUUGUUAGGAUAUUAUAUUUUUUAAGGACGAUUUGGCUCAGUUAACACAACUCCAGAGAGAAAAAACUGAUUGAGCACAACUACAUAAUCACUGAAUCAUUAAUUCCAAAUGGGCAUGCAUUAUUGUAUCUGUGUACUGUAUAUGUAUGUGUGUGUGUGUGUGUGUGUGUGUGUGUGUGUGUGUGUGUGUGUGUGUGUGUGUGUGUGUCUAUGUCUAUGUCUGCAGAGAGGGAGACGGAGGGGGAGACUCUUGCCAGUUGAAAUAAUGCUUUUAAUCAGCCAAUGGGCUCUUUAGGUCUUAACAGAAAUGGAAGCAUCAAGGAAGGGCAAAGAGUUUAUUAUUCCUCCCUGGAUUAUUCAAUUUAUAGCCUUUCAUCAGCAUUGCACUGUAGCUCUCUUCACUCAAUCAGCUGUGAUGCCAUGCAGUCUGCGGUUGAAAUUAUCCCAGCACCACCGAAAAGCAAACAAUGAGAUUUCUGCAGUUGUCAACAUUUGUAUUCCAAAAUGGAAAGGAAAUGAAAUAUCUCGGGUUUUGUUGCCUAAUGUUGCACGAGAUCCCUGCUGAUCAACACAUUCUCACUCCCAUCACAUCAAAAAUCGACGCUUGGUCAGGACUCUUGGCGUCACUUUUCGACGCUCUGGGUCGGGACUCUUUGAGUCACUUUUGACGCUCUGGGUCGGGACGUAUGCUUAACUGACAUGCGGCACAAGAACCCCAGUCUCUUGGGUACUCAUCCAUCACCCCAAUCAACCUACUUACACGGAUUUUUGGCCUUUCAUACUACUUGCUACCGUUGUCGCCCCUUUUCUUUUUCUUUUUGUUGGGGCAUUUUGGCAUUUAAUUGAUAGAACAGUUGUAGACAUGAAAGGGGGAGAGAGAGAGAUAGAGAGAUGUAAAGACGUGCAGCAAAGGGCCACAGGUUGGUAUCGAACCCUGGGCUGCUGCGAUAAGGACUGAGCCUCGGUACUGUACAUUAGGUGCCGCUCGACCAGGUGAGCAACCAGUGGUCGAGCCGCUGUUCUGCCCAGUGCAUUCUAUACCAACGCCAAUCACCAAGGGUGAUUUUUGCGUCGGUAUCCGACGCUGAGAGCCACUGACCAAGCGUCAGUAUGUUACGAGUUGGCAGUGAGAAUGGGUUGUCCUGAUUUAUGGCUAAACCUACACUACAGUGUGGAAUCUGACAUGGGGCUGAUGCAACACAAGGCGCGAUGUAGCAGAAGAUGUAGCUGUCACAGAAGUCUCAAUCUCUUGCCCCAAUGCAUGCUGCAUGCAGCAGGGACAUGUUAGAAGCGGUGUCUAAGUUUGUUCUUGGUUCCGAGCUCAGAGAAGCGCAUAUUGCAACAACUUUCAGAUAAAGAGGUGGGAGAGACAGUGAUGGGCAGUUUGUGUUCCAAUAUUCUCUUAACACUUCUUUCGCACCAUGUGAGAAUAAAUCAAUGUGGAAUUGUCCAACGCGUGAAACCCAUCCAAGCGUGAAGUUGUUGGCUCAUCACGCAGCUAUUUUCAGUAGUUUAACUUGGAGGCAACCAUUUUCUAACAGUGUAAUGAAAAUACAAGGCUAAUUAAACGUUUGCUGGAUUUGAUUUAGCAGUUAUUUGCUAAAAAUUGUACAUUGUAGCUUAUCAGAUGGUGCUGGCAGAAUUUUGUGUUUAUGGUAAAUAAAUCAGCUUGAUGCUACACAUGCAUAGGGCCGGAUUAUGCUGCAUUGUAUAUGCAUCCGUUUGCCUUCGUAUUCCUGCACCUACAACUGCUCAGUUAGUUUGUGUUCAUUUUAUUAAGAUACAUGUAUUUAGGGAUAUGCAUCAUGCCGUAUAAUAACUGAAACAUUUAAGGUGUUCAAUUACAUUUUGAUUUAACAGCCCCUGUACAAGACAAGGCCUCAGGUUUAGGUAGUGUCACUUUAAGGCCCUUAUCUUUUCAGGUUACAUUGUGAUUUGGUGGUGCACUUUACCAAACACAUGUGCAAUUCAUACGAUUACCGCAAAGUUAUUACUAAACAGAGCCCUGGACAGUUGAUGCCAAGUCUUGCCCAUGCUCAGUUUUUAGUUUUCAGAAUGAUUUGACAAGAGUUUUUAUGUGCUGUUUUGUAAAAUAGUAAAGAAAUAAGCAAGG